AGCAUCUUCUUCUAUUAUAGCAUCAUACAUAUACACUCAGGCCAUUCUUUCUUCCUGACACUGAGCACAGCGGAAGAUGGGGCAGUGAUCCCCUCAAUUUGGUAGCCCAGCAUGCCAGUAUAUUUGAUAAUGAUAGGCCUGCUGGUACAUGGGGCAUUGGCCCUCCAGCCCUGAAACAGCGACAAGGUGAUUCUUCACUUCAGCACAAAUGGACAUCAAGGGACACAACUGGGCAGAGGAAGACUCUGAUGGGGAAAAUGAAUGUGGGGAGUUCCUUUAUGGAGUACAGGGCACGUGCUGUGCUGACCUGUACAGACACCCUCAGCUAGAUGCAGACAUUGAAGCUGUAAAGGAGAUAUACGGGGAAAACGCUGUAUCUGUAAGGGAGUAUGGGACCAUUGAUGAUGCUGACAUCGACCUGCACAUUAACAUUAGUUUUCUGGAUGAGGAGGUAGCCACUGCCUGGAAAGUAAUCCGCACAGAGCCCAUAGUCCUUCGCUUGCGCUUUUCACUUUCUCAGUAUCUGGAUGGUCCUGAGCCUACCAUUGACGUCUUUCAGCCAUCAAACAGAGAUAACUUUGGGCUGGGAAUACAGUUAAAGAAGAUCCUGUCCCUCUUCUCGUCUCAUCAGUGGCGGUAUCUCAGUAAUGAGGUCUUACGCUCACAGCAGGAGAGAAGGCUACGUUGGCUUAGAGUCAGUGGUAGUAUUAAAAGGUUUCGAGCUGGGUUGAGCAUCUUUUCUCCAGUCCCUAAGUCUCCCAGUUUUCCAGGAGUUCAGGACUCUGCUGUGCGGAGUAGCCUCACAGGGGCAGAUCUCAGAAGUGGUCUUGCAGGAACAGACCUCCGUGGUGCCCGUCUCAUGAAUAGAUCAGUGUCCUGCACUCUAAGGAACCCUAAGUCUGAGCUAUAUGGCAGUCAUACCACAACACAGGUCAGUGGACACUGUAAGACAGUUCCCACUCUAGAAUAUGGCUUUUUGGUCCAGAUAAUGAAGUAUGCAGAACAGCGUCUCCCCACUUUAAAUGAGUAUUGCGUAGUAUGUGAUGAGCAGCAUGUCUUCCAGAAUGCAUCCAUGCUCAAGCCGGCAGUGUGUACUAGAGAGCUCUGUGUUUUCUCAUUUUACACUCUGGGAGUGAUGUCUGGGGCUGCUGAAGAAGUUGCUACAGGAGCUGAGGUUGUGGGUCUGCUGGUUGCCAUGUGUCGAGCAGCCCUAGAGUCACCACGGAAAAGUAUUAUAUUUGAGCCAUACCCUUCAGUAGUGGACCCUAAUGACCCUAAAACACUGGCCUUUAACCCUAAGAAGAAGAACUAUGAGCGUCUCCAGAAAGCCUUAGACAGUGUCAUGUCCAUCCGAGAGAUGACCCAGGGGUCAUACUUGGAAAUCAAAAAACAAAUGGACCGCCUUGACCCACUGGCACACCCAUUGUUGCAAUGGAUCAUUUCCAGUAACAGAUCCCAUAUUGUAAAGCUGCCUCUAAGCAGGCAGCUGAAGUUCAUGCACACCUCUCAUCAGUUUUUGCUGCUCAGUAGCCCCCCAGCCAAGGAGGCGCGAUUCCGAACUGCCAAGAAACUCUACGGAAGCACAUUCGCCUUUCACGGCUCUCAUAUUGAGAACUGGCACUCUAUUCUGAGAAAUGGGCUAGUAAAUGCAUCCUACACUAAAUUGCAGCUGCAUGGAGCAGCAUACGGGAAAGGAAUCUACCUAAGUCCCAUCUCAAGUAUUUCUUUUGGAUACUCAGGUAUGGGGAAGGGGCAACAUCGGAUGCCAUCCAAGGAUGAGUUGGUGCAGAGAUACAAUAGGAUGAACACUAUUCCUCAGACUCGAUGUCUCCAGUCGCGUUUUUUGCAGAGUCGGAAUCUCAAUUGUAUUGCACUGUGUGAAGUAAUAACAUCAAAGGAUUUGCAGAAACAUGGGAAUAUUUGGGUGUGCCCAGUGUCUGACCAUGUCUGUACACGCUUUUUCUUUGUGUAUGAAGAUGGCCAAGUGGGGGAUGCCAACAUUAACACUCAGGACCCCAAGAUCCAAAAGGAGAUCAUGAGAGUCAUUGGGACCCAGGUGUACAGCGGAUGAGGGAUUUUAACCUCAGGAUUAUAGCUGCUACAGAGGGGAACAAUUUGUCCUCUCUAGGACCAAGAUCAUGGGGCAAAUGUUGGUCUGUUUCUUGCUUCACAUGAAGGAGAUUGGGCAUCCUCUGUGACCCUCUUUAAUGUGGAGAUGAGGGUCUUGCACUGAUCAGGCUCUCCAGGAUACAGUAAGAUAUUGUUCUGUGUGGAGAUGUCGCCCAACUGGAACAAUUACCUGAAAUUUACAGACUCUGCCCUGUGACAGUGCUAUCCCCUUCCCACGCUUUAUCCCUACUCUGAACAUUUCUCAUUUACAACUCUUUGUUUAACAAAAAGAAAAUAA